UGGUCGUUGUUUGUUUUCAUAGUUAGUGUUUCAUGUUCUUCGUAAAAUUUUCACUUUUAUUCUUUUUGUAAAUUAAAGUAAGGUUUGGAAGAAAAAUGUCAACAUUAAGUCGUGUGUCCUCUGAAAAACAGGCAACGGCGCGCGAACAGCCAUUCAACGAAUUCCUGUUCAAGAUACUCAACAGUUUGGACUAUGCCGAAUUUAAAAAAUUUAGCAACUUUCCACAAGUACUAAAAGAAACAAUCAAGUUGAUAAUGGGUUCAGACGCUGAUCUGUACACUUUAAAAGACCGGAUUCGAUAUGACUUUGAAACAAAUUUGUCAAACGUAGAUAACUGGCAUCGUGGAUUGUUCAGCCAGGUCGUAUUAACGACGGAAUUUUACUGGAGCGAUGCUGCCAAACGGAUAUUCGAAUAUGAUUACGGGAUAAAGGAGUGUGUAGUGCGCUUGGUGUUACCAACGGAAUCUAGACUACUACUAGAAAUUUUGCGGAUUUUGAAGAGUGGCUUCACGAAUUGACCUCAUCAGCCAUUUUCAGGACAGAGGACUUCAAUUAUCCAAUAAUUGGAUUGAUUCCGCCUACAACAUUCAGAGAGGGAACGAUUCAACGACCAUCCGAUCGCAGUUUACAUUCGUUGCGUUAUAAUGUUUUCACAAAACCGAAAAUUGGACCAAAGUCAAGGACACGACACAGAUUUUUCGUGUCGAAUGAAGAGAGUCAUCGGAUGACUCAGUCCUUAAUUAGUCAUUUACCAAACCGGAUGUACAAUUUCCAAUCACCAAACAAUGUCUUCGCGAUGCCGAAACCAAAAAUUGGUCCAAAGUCGAAAUUGAAAAUUGAAUCGAAAUUCCAAGUGAACAGUGCAAACGCGCCGGCAGGUGAAUGUAUCAAUUCAAGCUACAAAACGCUUAAAGCAUCGCUUCAACGAUAUCAGAUAAACGCAAAAUCUACGGAAUAUACGGAUACUACCGAGAUACCGUCCAGGUUUUGCCCUAUGAAGAAAAUUCACGAAAACACUUCAUCAGUUGAAUGUAUUGCCAUUAAAAGCAGCGAAGCGCCGG